CUGCAGUGGGCGUUGUAGUUCCGCACAGACUCAGAUAAAACCACUGGAUCAGCUCGGAGGGAGAGUAAACAGUCAAAACCCCCAUUUUAUCUGCACAUGUACUGAUCAUAUAUUCAUGCUAAAAAUGUACCGAGGUCCGCCAAACCCGGACUAUCAUCGGGCACCGGUAGCCUCGUCUGGUUUCGGAAUCCCCGCAGCCAGAUCUUUUGGACCUCCGCCGUUCUGCCCUCCUUUUGGGGGUCCGCCGGGUCUUGCAUACGGUGCUCCGCCGCCCGGUCUCCCUCCUCCUCCGUCGGGACAUCUGCAGGCCGCUCAGUACAGCACAUUGAAUGAAAGCUACAGAGAGUCAUUUUACGAGAACCGGCACUACACCAGCCACAAUACUGAGCAGAGUGGGUCCACGCUGAUGAGCUCUCAGGUCACACCUUCAGUUAACUCCUCGCAAAACUGGUCCACCCAGAAGCUGGAUGAGCAAAACCAAGAAGUCAGGAAAAAAGCAGAGGCGUUUCUUCGAAUCCUGGAGGCCAGUGAACGGAUUGAGCUUAAAGGAGAUAAAAGUGACAUUGGAGAAAAGCACAGCAGCCGAGCACGGAGUCGGAGCAGAGGGAAGAGCCGGCCACGCAGUCGCAGCAGGAGUCGUGGAAGGAGCCGGGGCCGUAGCCGAGCGCGUAGUCGCGGAAAGAGUCGGCCUUGCAGCAGAUCACGCAGCAGAAGUCGCAGUCGAGCUAAAAGUCGCACAAGGGCCAAAAGUCGUCCAAGGAGUCGCAGUCACAGUCAUGGGAAGAGUACUCGGAGCAAGAGUCAGGCACGCCUGAGCCCUAGCCAAAAUAAACCUCAGAAUAAAGCAUCUCACAGGGGAACCGCAGAAAGCAAUCACAGCUCUAGCAGCAUCAGCAGUGGGCCGAGCCUUGGUGGUAGUGCUAUGCCUGAUAUUUUUCAUGGACUGAAACAGAUCCUACAGAGCAAAGAUCUGGAGAAACACCUUCCUUUGGUUAAGGGUGCCCUCCUCAGAAAUCAGAGUGCUGAUGAAACAGGUGGAACCGUUCUGGGAAAUCAACCUACAGUAAGAAGCUUCCAGAACCCUGAGCUGAUACCAGAACCUGAAACCUCUUUUGGACUCAAUUAUGGUUCCACACUCCCUCACGAGAGCAGUAGCUUUUCCAGUAUCUUAUCCUGGAACACACCCACCCAGCAGCCUGAAACCAAGCCAGUGUUCCAGAGUGUUGAAGAUGAGGAGAAAUUCCUUUAUGGAGAGGAAGAGGAGCGGGCCAAACCUCAGGCAGUGACUGUUCCGUUGGCCCAAACCAGAUCUGUAAGAUCUCCGGUUCAUCCUCUUAGUAAAGAACACCAGACUCGCAGUGUCCAGGAAACCAAAGCUCAUGCCAUGCCUAGCGUGCAGUCUGCUGGUUCAGGCACUGCUAAAGUUACUCCAGAGCAAUGUGAGAAGGUGAAAAGCCUCCUGAGAUCCAUCGGCCUGAAUCCAGGCAUGGCUGAUAUCUGUAAAAUGGCUGCUAGACUAAAAGAGAAAAAGGAAGAGCCAGUAGGGGCCUCCUCGCUCCCACUGCUCAAACCAGCCCUGGAGGCGCUGCAAGCACUGUCCAAAGCGUCCAAAACUGAUGACAGUUGGAGUAACCGCUCUGGAAGCAGCCAUUCUCGAGAGUCAAAGCGUGAGGAGAAGAAAGUGGAUGAGAAGGAGAGAGAGAGACGAGAGAAACAGAUUCAGAAGAAAAGGAAAGAGUACCUGGUGAAGGAACUGGAGGGCUUGAUGAAACAGGAAGGUAGUGGGGAUCUGAUCCCAGUGAUGGGUUUUUUCUGUCAACGCUGUGAAGAGUUCUUUGGGGAUCUGAACAGUGCAGAAAAACAUGUUGCAUCUCAUGGACGCAAUGACAGGAACAAGAUGGGGUCACAGGAGCAACACAGGGAUGCUAAAAGACAUGGAGACCACCAUCAAACUUUAUCUCAUAGAAGAGCAAGCCCCCCCUGCAGAGCUGAUAGGUUGCCAUCCUCACAAGCCUCCCAGGACCACAGGGAACACAGUCCCGACAGGAAGCGCAUCAGAGAUGACAAAAGCCCUCACUCUAUGGACAAACAGAAAAGCAAGCCAGAGGGCAAAGACAGUAAGGAUGAGUGUAAGGACAAAUCCAAAGAGAAAAAGGAUAAAUCAGAUGAUGACGACGAUGACAACGCAGAAUUAACAAAGAGUGAAAAAAAGAAAAAGAAGAAAGAGAAGAAACUGAAGAAGAAAGAGAAAAAGAAGAAGAAAGACAAGAAAAAGGAGACUGAUAAGGAUUCACUGUAGUCUUUUUGCAAGGAUAAUUUCUUUAUCCUUUAAGAGCAGCAAGAGCCGUAUGUUUUCUACAUAGAAGACAAUGUCUUCUAUGGCUGAUUCUUCUCUGAUUAAUGUUAAUGCGUCCUGUAGGUGACACUCCAAUAGCUUGAUGUACAAUGCAGGGUUUGCUUUCCUUGUGAAGAGACUGCUUUCAGCCUGUUCAAUUAAAUGUGGAAAAAAAAAUGCCAUGAAAACCAGAGCUGAGAACUAAAACAGAGGCAAACAUUUCAGGUUACCCCUCACAAUAAGGUUGUGUAUGGUAACAUUAGUUCACACAAUAAUUAAUAUACCAUUUUGUGUUUUAUUAAUAAAAGGUGAAAACACAGUAGCUUUAUGUAGAAUACCAUUCUAUUCAUUUCAGUGAGCCUAUCACUCUGUGACAGCCACGGUGUUUACAGUUUUUGAGUAAAUUAAUCUUCAAAUGGCUUACACAUAGUUAUCUCUGCAUAUUGAACUGGGAAAAGGGAGUUAUUUUAACAUCGAAAACAUGACACACUUCAGCUCUAAUUUUAUAAAGAACUGACUGAAGUACUUGUCUUUACAAUGUCUAUCAUUUAAUAGGAGAUAAUUACCAACAAGAACUCAAUUUUGUGUGCCAUGAAAAAGCAGCUUUAAACCCUUGUGACCAAAUAAUAAUAUAUUUUAUGUGAAAUUGCUUCUUUUCUGCAUAUUUCUAAUUUAAUACAAUUAUUAUUAUUGUUUGGCAUAUUGAGUGAACCUGUAUUUGAGAGUUAGUAUUUGGUUCUUCCGCCUUUUGUUUUAAUGAUAGCAUGCAGUCGUGCUGGCACAAGUUUAUGUAAAACCUAAUGAUUUGUGUUCCUUUACAAGUUGGCCUCUCAAUGCUGCGUCACAAAUCUUACGCUAAGGGUCACUCCUUGGAGCGCCGAUCUCCCUGAAUAAUAUAAAAUUACACCAGUCCUACUGGCAGAUGAUGCUUGAAGAUGGAUUCAGUUCCCCUGCGUGCUUUCGGAACAUUGUAUCUUUUCACUGUGUGUUAUUGUGUUUUACAGGACAUUAAAAGAGCACCUUUGCGACUCAAAUGUCUUUAUCAAAAUGGAGUUUUGCAAUUGCUUUCCACCUUGUGAGAGGCACAUUCCACCGUCUGACAGGCAUGAGCACUGUCUCCGACGCAUGGGCCAUGCUCAUGCGGAGGCAGCGCUCAGUGAGGCAGACUGUGCUCACUGUGAGCACAUGAAUCUCAAGACGUUGUGCUCAUGGCCGAGAACACACAAGGGUGGGACGCGAGGCUAGGAUAUCCAGAGAGGAGAUUUCAAGGAGGUUUUACCGCUGGCACAAGUUUUGCAGUCAUCUUGCUCUUCUUACACAGCGUCUUUGCAUGUUGAAUAUGGCAGUGAUGAUCUCUGUUGGGGCGCACGGCGUGAUCUCUUUUGGUGGUUCCCAGGACGAUGAUGUGAUGUCUCUCGCAGCGUCAGGUCUCGUUUGCCGGAUGAUCUUGUGAUUAAUAAAUCUGAUGCUGAACUGAUGCAUGUUCUCUCGUGGAGAGUCGAGGAGCUCUGUCAUGAGUGGUCUCGCCACCUGAGUCGGAGCACUCUCGAUCUGAAUGGUUUCUGAACGCAGGAUGGCGUCAAGCCACUUCCCAGUGUCCGGUGCCAUUCUUCCUGAAGGUGAACGAUGAGCUCUCAAAAACUCAGCGUGCACCUUACUUUGCACACACCCACUGUUCUGGGGCCGCUGCCUUAAAGGCGCUGGACCAUGCCAAGCAGAAGUGUUAUUCCAAGCUCCCACAGGUUGAAGAAGUGAUUACGGCACACCUGUGCUCCACUUCUGCACUGGGUUGGAAAAAUUGCUCAGUGCUCCCAAAGUAUACUUGGCACAUCUGCGUUGUUGAACGCUCUGGGCACAGUAUGUGUGAUGUAAAUUUUGCCAUAAUUCAGUUUGCACGGCCUGGACCCACGUUGGCCAGGUUUUCUUGACUCACAGAUGCAGUCAUCGUCUGUGUGCAUUGUCGGCACAUACGCUGGCCACUGACAGUACUAAAAAGAGUAUCACAAAGAAGCUGUAGUGGGCAUGCAUCAAACGCAUUUGUAUUUGCUCGUGGUCAGAGAGUAUACUCACAAAGGCAACGUGGUUGACCAGGCACGAGCCAAUCCAAAACAUGCAAAAAUGAAGUAUGCCUGGGCCUUUAGUCAUACGGGGCUUCAGGGCAAGCUGAUUCAGCCUCGCACACCAUGGCGAUUCUGCAGGCCUUCCAAGCAAAGCUCUUGAAACAGAUGGAUUAGCAUGGUCUGGACACUGCGCUCUUAAAAGACCUCUUACUGCAUGUCACCAAGAUCACUGUUCAAUCCAUCGAUGUUGCCCAUCAGAAGAUCGAUGGAUAUAUAUAUGAGUGUCAUCUCUGGCUGUAUCUCUCAGCGAUGCACAACGGGUACAAAACUAAUCUUCUCUGCACUCCGGUGUUGCAGUCGGGCUUGUUCGGAGAAACAAUUAAAGUUCCACACCGCCAAGAAACAAUCUUAGGCUACGAAGCAUUUUCUGCCCAGAUGAGCCGCAGCCACCAGCUAGCCGUCAUGCUCACAGUCUUCUUUAGGGCAGAGCUCUGCUACAUCCCAUGCUCGCGCACCAGCUUAGUGGCAGAUAAGUGCUGAGCCAGCGUUCAGAUCUUAGCGUCCCUGGCCAAGAUGUAAAGUGUUGCUUUCAGGCCCUCUCCCCAGCAGGAAGAAUUCCCAGAGUAGUAGGAACACUCCUGACAUAGUCAGCCCUGUGAAGAGAAAAGCAAAGCUCCUGCUUUCUUUUGCUCCGGCCCAGAAGAUGGCCCGUUCAAUGAUGUUCAGCAAUUCAUCCCCGCUACUGUUCGGCAAGAACGAGUUUGUUGGAAUGUUUCUCUUGCAAAUGUUCAAAUAAAGAAUGCACACCUCAUAGCUGUUUCUCGAGAUGCACUUACACACUCAGAAAAUAUCUUUUUUCCUCCACACUCUGACACAGACUCAAUCGCCAUGCUAAACUGCUCCCCUCAGAUGAGCGGUGGUUUUUUUGAGCCUUUACAUCAGCUCACGCAGUACACGGAUACAUGGCGCACAUUACCAGGAGUUUCUGAGUGGGUUCUGAAAACAAUCGAAAGUGGUUACAUCUUUCAGUUCGCAAGGCAGCUGCCUCGCUUCAACGGCGUUCUGUCCUCCACGGUGACAGUGCGGGAAGUGUCAAUCUUACACUCAGUGAUUGAAAAACCCCUCGUCUGUGGCAUGGUGGAGAUUAUUCCCCUGAGCAAUGCUCAGAGAGGCUUUUACAGCCUUAUUCCCAAAAAGACUGUGGGCUUUGGACGAUUUUGGAUUUGAGAAAAAAAAAAAAAAGAGCGGAAGAGGAUAUUUUCGCCUACCCAGAGACCUCGAACUGCCGUCUGUUGUACAUUCUGUCUCCGGCUCCACUGGGCUUGGAUGCUCUGGCACACAAUUGGCCUGCAGAGAAACUCAAGUAUGCAUUUCCCCCUGUACAUCUGCUACACCAGGUGUUGUGCAAGUUCAGAGAAGACCAGAAAACAGUGUUGCUAGUUCCAGCACUGGUUUCUGGAGCUGGUGGGGCGGUUGAAAGCUACAAUGUGGAAGAUCCCGGUGAGAAAAAAAUUACACUCUCUCUGGCGCAGGGCACAAUUGGGCACUCUCAGCCACAGCUGUGGAGACUCCAUAUCUGGCCCCAGAUCUGGGCUUGUUGGAGGCAGAUGGAUUGUCGCAGCCAGUGCUCGACAUAAUUUUACAAGCCAGAGCCGCCUCUAGCAGGCGUUUUUAUGCCCUAAAGUGGCAUAGAUUUGCUGACUGGUGUCCUCAUGAAGCGAAGACCAAGUACAUCGCUCUGUGAAUGCGGUGCUUCACUUUCUACAAGAGCGUUUGGAUACAGGUCUCACCCCGUCAAUGCUUUGGGUUUUUGUUGCUGCAAUCUAGGCGAAUAAUGCCCCUGUUGGGGGAUUUUCUGUCAGCAAGCAUUGCCUUGUUAAAUUUUUGCGAGGCCUCGCCCUGUGACUUUCCUGUGUGGGACCUGUCCUUGGUAGUGAAAAUAAUUAUCAGGCUCUCCCUUUGAACCACUCGAUUCAGUUAGUUUGAGUGUGCUCUCUCUGAAGACCACGCUGUUACUCGCUCUGGCUUUUGUGAAGCACAUGGAUGAUCUCCAGGCUCUGUCAGUGAAAAGUUCCUGUUUGGAGUUUGGUCCAGGAUUUUCAAAAGCUGUUUUGAAGCCUAGAGAAGGCUAUGUUCUGAAGGUUUUGUCCACCUCUUUCAGGGCUCAGGUGGUGACCUUACAAGCUUUUUCUCCUCCUCCUUUCGAGUCAGAUGAGGCCCCUAGUAUCAGCUCCUAGUAACUAUUGUAACCUAAUGUAAAAAUGAGAGAACGAGAUGUUGCUGCGUAGGCUGGCCAUGAUAUUGAUUACUGCUGAAAAGGGUCUAGAGUUCGUCUCUCCUCUUCAGUCAAAAUCCUGAGAGGAUGAUGCUCAGAGCUCCAAUUUAUGUUUGCUUUGAAUGCGCACUCUGGGGGCGAAGCUUCGAGCAUCAUUUGUCAAUAGGAUUGGUGUGAUUUUAUAGUAUUCAGGGAAAAUCGGGGCUCCAAAGAGUGACCCCUAGCAUCAGCUCCGUGACACAGCAUCUCAUUCCUCCCUUUCAGGGAAUUGAGGUUACAACAGUAACCAGACAUAAUCCCAGCAAGAUUUGAAGAUGUUCCAAAGAGCAAAAUCUGACCUUUUGUACAACAGAACUAACAUGCUGUGUCACAAAUUUGCUUAGUGACCUAGAAAUAGCACAGAAUCUUUCAUAUUUCUUCAUUUUAAUUUUUUAAAAUACUAAUAUUUUAAAUCCAGGUUUAAAUUCCAUUUUCAGUGUAGACUUUUGAACCCCAUUGUAUUUUCCAGUGAUCUGUAAAUUGCACUCAAAAUCAUGCAGGCCUCUUUUUUUUUUAAGCACUUUUUAACCUUUAAAUCCUCAAAACGUAAUGUUUAAUCAUAAAAGACACUGCGUAAAUGUAGGAAACUCUAAGAAAGAAAGACAAGACGACAAAGCAAGAGUCCAAUACUGAGAUUUUUUCCACAUCUACUGAAGAUUCCUCACACCAGACAAGUACAUUACCAACUGUUAUGUAAGAAAACUGUACAACAGUGAGGAAGAUAAAGAAAAAAAUAAAAAAAAAGAAGCAAGAUGCAUAACUCUUAAAUAAAAAAAGACUUUAAAUAAACCAA